UUAAUUAAUAAUAUUUAUUAUUCAAUUUUAUUGCAAGCUAUGUGGAGUUAAAUUUUUGUGUAAAUUCCUAUAAAAACGCUUAAUUAACAAGAAAUCUAUCACAAAGCGUUUAACGAGUUUAAGUCGAACAGAUAUUUUUUCUUUCAUAUCAGUUUAAAAAGAUUAAAAUUUAUUAGCACUAAUGACAACACGAGGAAUCCGACGUAAAAAAUCUUAUUUAGUUGAUGCAAAAAUUGCUAUUUUUGGUCAGAAGUCGGUGGGAAAAUCAGCAUUAACAGUACGUUUUUUAACUAAACGUUACAUCGGUGAAUAUGAUCAUCAAGCAGACAAAGUACAUAAACAUGAGAUACUUGUGGAUACAGAAGCUGUUUUGGUUGAAAUAUGGGACACUUGUAUGAUUGAUAUGAAAGAUUCUGUCUCGUCAAAGGCUGAAGCUUUAAGCUGGUGCGAUGGAUUGUUGCUUGUCUAUUCGAUAACUGAUAGGGAUUCGUUUAAUUUUAUCAAGAAGGUGAAACAGGAGCUACAAAUUAGUGACACACCAGUGUUGUUAAUAGGUAAUAAAGCAGACUUGAUACAUUUGCGCCAAGUUAGCACAGAUGAAGGUGAAAUUUUAGCAAAAGAUUUUGAUUGCAAGUUCUACGAAAUAUCAGCAGCUGAACAAGUGCAACAAGUGAGCGAUGCCUUUCUAGAUCUUUGUCGUGAAAUUCUACAAGCGAAGAGAAAGUCAAAGCAAAGCUUUAUAGAUAAGAUUGAUAGAAUGUUUAGCGGAUCUGGAAGAGUUUAUAAUAGAAAUAAUGAAAUUGCAAAGAUACCAAAAACAUGCGAUUAACAUCUUGUGUUGUGUCCUUUAAGUAAACUUCUAGGUAAAAUAAACUGAAAUUACUACUACGAGAUGAUCCGAAUUAUUUUAUUUUUCGCAAAUUUGUUAACUUACUAUGAAUAAGAAAAUUACUUUGUAGUGAAAUUAAAAAGGCUCAAGAUUAAAACCGCAAAGAAAAUUAAUGUUGAAGCAAAAUGGAGUUUGACAUUUUU